AUGGCUUGGGAGAUUAAAAAGAACGCAAAUGCUUGGUCAUUUGUAUUUGUUAGUGGUGGCUAUGUCAUGUUGGGAUCACGUGAUAAGAGUAUAAAUAGCAGCGCAGAGUUUUGCUCAAUUGAGGAUUUUGUCUUAAAAGGAACUCUACAACAACCAAUCGUUCAAGAGUUUGGACGUGACGCCUUCCAAGAGAUUUACGAUAAGGCAAACAAGAUACACUCACAAAGAAAUCAAAAGACAUCAUCACCACAAGCUUCUUAA